AUGAGGGCUUGCCCCUGUCUUGGCUCCAAGUCAGCCAGGUGUCCAGUCCCAGUCCUGUCCCAGCCAGGAACAAUGGACCAGACCACGCCAACUCCCAGGGGCUCUCAUGUGACUAUUUUUAGACCUUUAAGUCAGAAAAGGAUUUUUCACUCCCAGCACAAUGGCUGCCCUACACCAUUGUCCAGCAGUGACCAGGGCAUCUGCCUGCCCAAAAAUAUCUCCCAUGCAUCUACCCUCUGGGCCUCCCUGCCCUGCUCCUCACCUUUCAAACUUGACAUCACUUCCUGGGGUUGUUACUCCUAA